AUGGAGUCCAAUCAGCACCUUUUGAGAUCAGUAGUGGUGUCACGCAUGGAUGUGUGCUCGCACCUGGAGCAGACAAACAAUCGCUCUAGUCGGAAUUCCAACUUGAGGUCUGGAGCCUGGAAGGCUAACAAGUCUGGAGCCUGGAAGGCUAACAAGUCUGGAGCCUGGAAGGCUAACAAGUCUGGAGCCUGGAAGGCUAACAAGUCUGGAGCCUGGAAGGCUAACAAGUCUGGAGCCUGGAAGGCUAACAAGUCUGGAGCCUGGAAGGCUAACAAGUCUGGAGCCUGGAAGGCUAACAAGUCUGGAGCCUGGAAGGCUAACAAGUCUGGAGCCUGGAAGGCUAACAAGUCUGGAGCCUGGAAGGCUAACAAGUCUGGAGCCUGGAAGGCUAACAAGUCUGGAGCCUGGAAGGCUAACAAGUCUGGAGCCUGGAAGGCUAACAAGUCUGGAGCCUGGAAGGCUAACAAGUCUGGAGCCUGGAAGGCUAACAAGUCUGGAGCCUGGAAGGCUAACAAGUCUGGAGCCUGGAAGGCUAACAAGUCUGGAGCCUGGAAGGCUAACAAGUCUGGAGCCUGGAAGGCUAACAAGUCUGGAGCCUGGAAGGCUAACAAGUCUGGAGCCUGGAAGGCUAACAAGUCUGGAGCCUGGAAGGCUAACAAGUCUGGAGCCUGGAAGGCUAACAAGUCUGGAGCCUGGAAGGCUAACAAGUCUGGAGCCUGGAAGGCUAACAAGUCUGGAGCCUGGAAGGCUAACAAGUCUGGAGCCUGGAAGGCUAACAAGUCUGGAGCCUGGAAGGCUAACAAGUCUGGAGCCUGGAAGGCUAACAAGUCUGGAGCCUGGAAGGCUAACAAGUCUGGAGCCUGGAAGGCUAACAAGUCUGGAGCCUGGAAGGCUAACAAGUCUGGAGCCUGGAAGGCUAACAAGUCUGGAGCCUGGAAGGCUAACAAGUCUGGAGCCUGGAAGGCUAACAAGUCUGGAGCCUGGAAGGCUAACAAGUCUGGAGCCUGGAAGGCUAACAAGUCUGGAGCCUGGAAGGCUAACAAGUCUGGAGCCUGGAAGGCUAACAAGUCUGGAGCCUGGAAGGCUAACAAGUCUGGAGCCUGGAAGGCUAACAAGUCUGGAGCCUGGAAGGCUAACAAGUCUGGAGCCUGGAAGGCUAACAAGUCUGGAGCCUGGAAGGCUAACAAGUCUGGAGCCUGGAAGGCUAACAAGUCUGGAGCCUGGAAGGCUAACAAGUCUGGAGCCUGGAAGGCUAACAAGUCUGGAGCCUGGAAGGCUAACAAGUCUGGAGCCUGGAAGGCUAACAAGUCUGGAGCCUGGAAGGCUAACAAGUCUGGAGCCUGGAAGGCUAACAAGUCUGGAGCCUGGAAGGCUAACAAGUCUGGAGCCUGGAAGGCUAACAAGUCUGGAGCCUGGAAGGCUAACAAGUCUGGAGCCUGGAAGGCUAACAAGUCUGGAGCCUGGAAGGCUAACAAGUCUGGAGCCUGGAAGGCUAACAAGUCUGGAGCCUGGAAGGCUAACAAGUCUGGAGCCUGGAAGGCUAACAAGUCUGGAGCCUGGAAGGCUAACAAGUCUGGAGCCUGGAAGGCUAACAAGUCUGGAGCCUGGAAGGCUAACAAGUCUGGAGCCUGGAAGGCUAACAAGUCUGGAGCCUGGAAGGCUAACAAGUCUGGAGCCUGGAAGGCUAACAAGUCUGGAGCCUGGAAGGCUAACAAGUCUGGAGCCUGGAAGGCUAACAAGUCUGGAGCCUGGAAGGCUAACAAGUCUGGAGCCUGGAAGGCUAACAAGUCUGGAGCCUGGAAGGCUAACAAGUCUGGAGCCUGGAAGGCUAACAAGUCUGGAGCCUGGAAGGCUAACAAGUCUGGAGCCUGGAAGGCUAACAAGUCUGGAGCCUGGAAGGCUAACAAGUCUGGAGCCUGGAAGGCUAACAAGUCUGGAGCCUGGAAGGCUAACAAGUCUGGAGCCUGGAAGGCUAACAAGUCUGGAGCCUGGAAGGCUAACAAGUCUGGAGCCUGGAAGGCUAACAAGUCUGGAGCCUCCAAGAUGGAAGGCUAA